AUGGCGGUGAAGGCGGAAGAGGUGGCCACCAUGGGAGCCCAAGGACUUCACCGGCGAAAGAAGGCAAUGCUUGAUGGACAAGCUACUGAGAACAACCCUAAGCCUCGAACCAAAGUUGAUACCUUCCGCAAGAAGAAUGAGACAGCCCAACGGGAACUCCGCAAUCCCAGCAUAGGUGGCAAGAUUAUCGCCAGAGUCCUUCGAAACAGACUUAUUCCUGAAGCAGAAAACUUCCUCCCAGAAUCUCAAUGUGGCUUUAGACCAACACGUGGAACCACUUCAAUGAUCAUUGCUGCCCGUCAGAUACAGAAAAAGUGCAGAGAAAAGCUUCAUGAUCUCAUAUCCUCUCCCCCAGCAUAUUCACUACCCCCAGCAUCUCCACCCACCACAGCAUCUGCACUACACAGCAUUUUCAGUCUACCAGCAUCUACAUUUCUCUACAUCUUCAUUCCCCCAGCAUAUCCACUCCUUCAGAAUCUCCAGUUCCCCAGCAUCUCCACUCUCCUGGUAUCUCCACUCCCGCAGCAUCUCCAUUCCCCCAGCAUCUCUACUCUCCCGCAUCUCACUCCCCAGCAUCUCACCUCCAGCAUCUCCACCUUCCAGUGUCUCCCACUCUCCCAUCUCCACUUCCCCCAGCAUCACACUCCCCAGCAUCUCCACUUCCCAGCCAUCUCCAUUCCUCUAUCUUCUCCACGCCCCAGCAUCUCCACCUUACAGCAUCUCAUUCCCCAGCUUCUCCCUUCUGCAGCAUCUCCACUCCCGCAGCAUCUCCUAGCAUCUCCCAGCAUCAACUCCCAGCAUCUCCACUCUUCCAGCAUCUCCCUCCUCUCGCAUUUCCACUUCACCAGCAUCUCCUACAGCAUCUCCACUCCCCAGCAUCUCCACUCUUCUAGCAUCUCCACUCCCGCAGCAUCUCCACUUCCCCAGCAUCUCACUCCCCCAGCAUCUCCACUCCCCAGCAUCUCCACUUCUCUAGGUUCUCCACGCCCCAGCAACUCUACUGUUGCAACAUCUCCACUCCUGCAGCAUCUUCAACUUUCUCAACAUCUCUACUCACCUAGCAUCUCCACUCCCUUAGCAUCACUAUUCCCCCAGCCUCUCCACUCCCCAAGCCUCUCCAUUCUCCUAGUGUCUCCAAUCCCCCAGCAUCUCCACUCGUUCACAUCUUUACUCUCCCAGCAUCUCCACUACCCCAGCAUCUCCAUUCCGCCAACAUCUCCACUCUCCGGCAUCUCCACUCCCGCCGCAGCAUCUCCAAUCUCCCCAGCAUCUCGACUCACCGGGCAUCUUCAUUCCCCGUUGCAUCUCCAUUCCCCAGCACCUCUACUCUCCCAGCAUCUCCACUACCCCAGCCUCUCCACUCCCCAGCCUCUUCACUCUUCCUGCAUCUCCAUUCUCCCAGCAUCUCUAUUCCCCCAGCCUCUCCGCCCCAGCCUUGCACUCCCCAGCCUCUCCACUCCUCCAGCAUAUUCUGACGCCCAGCAUAUUCACACGCCCAGCAUAUUCACUCCCCAGCAUCUCCACUCCCCAGCAUCUUCAAUCCCCAGCAUCUCCACUCCUCCAGCAUCUCUACUCCCCAGCAUCUCCACUUACCCAGCAUCUCCACUCCCCAGCAUCUCCACUCCUCUAGCUUCUCCACACCCCAGCAUCUUCACUCCCCGACAUCUUCAUUCCCCUAGCAUCUCCACUCUCCCCAGCAUCCCCAAUCCUUCAGCAUCUGCACUACCCAUGUAA